UCGACUGACUUAUUUGUAGUGCUAGACACAAGAAUAAAUUUGUAGUGCUAGACACAAGAAUAAAUUUAUACAUAUACAUAAAGAGAGUUACACCAUAAUAAAAAUUUGAUUUAUUUUUUUUUCCCAGCUCAAUUAAAAUACAAUUUCCCCUAUAAAUUUUGUGGUUUGCAUGAUCCUCCGUCGGCAAGAAAGUGCAUAGAACAGCACUUUUAUGCGAACCCCAAACCGGCAGACAAAAGCAAACUAUUCCAACAACCACCGUUCCAACUCUAUAAAACGCAACAAGUCAAUUUACUUUCCCGGAAUCUCGUUAAUUCCUUCAACCAUCUCUCAGUUCCUACCCUCCUCCUCCUUCUCCUCCUCCUCCUCCUCCUCCUGUGUUACCUCCUCCAUGGACGACGGCGCUGAACACCAGGACGUCCCCUCUCUAGACCUCAGCCGCCUCAAAGUCCUAUCCCCCAUCGGCCGCGGAGCCAAGGGCGUUGUCUUCCUCGUCCAGACUACCGAUACUCAAUUCCUCGCUUUGAAAGCCAUCUCCAGAGCUUCCAUUGAGAAGGAAAGAACCAGCAUCGACAGCGACGGUAGCCAGUACCGACGAAUCUUCUUCGAACAACAGGUCUUGAGUUCUUUUUCACAUCCACUUUUACCUAGACUUCGAGGUGUUAUCGCCACCGAUAAGAUCCUCGGUUACGCAAUCGAUUACUGUCCAGGACGCGAUCUCAAUUCUCUCAGAAACAAACAAACUGAGAAGAUGUUCUCUGAUAGUAUCAUCAGAUUUUAUGCUGCGGAAUUAGUACUGGCAUUGGAGUACUUACAUGGAUUAGGAAUAGUAUACAGAGAUUUGAAGCCAGAAAACGUACUGGUCCAAGAAAGCGGACAUUUAAUGCUCGUCGAUUUCGAUCUCUCAGUAAAACUCUCUGUAAAAUCUCCCCAAACUCUGCCGAUUGUGAAAUCGGCACCGAAAUCUCUACCGAUGAACAAGAAGAGGCGAUUUUUCUGUUGCAACUCCGGCAUUUCGCCGGAGCGGGAUUUGGCCGAAAACGAUUCCGGAUCGGCGAGUUCUUCCGAGUUAGACUCGGUUGAGAAGUCGAACUCGUUCGUCGGCACGGAGGAGUACGUGGCGCCUGAGAUCAUACUAGGGAAAGGCCACGAUUUCGCGGUGGACUGGUGGUGUUUGGGUAUAGUGUCAUACGAGAUGCUGUACGGAGCGACGCCGUUUCGGGGGUCGAAUAGGAAUGAGACUUUUAACUGGAUUCUGAAGAAGUCGCCGGAGCUGGUGGGAGAGCCGACGCCGUUGAGAGAUUUGAUUGGAAAAUUGCUGGAAAAGGAUCCGAAGCAAAGGAUCUCACUGGAGAGGAUCAAGGGCCAUGAUUUCUUCCUAGGGGUUGAUUGGGAUCGGAUCUUGGAAAUCACGAGGCCACCGCACAUACCGUUGAGGCCGGAACAGGAGGAAGAUACACAAGGAAAUAAGACAAUCGAUGUAGAGUCUUUUGUACAAGGAGUGUUCAAAAUUGAGAAUGUGGUGGAAACCAACAUGGAUUCUGAAAGCAAAAAGAAUAACACGGGGGGACGGGUCGAAGGACUGAACCAGUCACCCUCUCCCACUGACAAUUUCAGUGUCUUCUAACACCCACCCACCCCCUUUUUUUUUUUUUGGUCAGAAAUCAAUUACAGAAAUAGGGAUGU